AUGAAUCAUCGGGAUCAAUCUGAAAUGGCUUCUGGUAAUUCUUACCCUUCUCCAAAUGGAGGGCAGAUGGCUCAGGGUGCGAUGCCGUACUACAACCGCCAAAUGGACGAGCUCCUGACUGCGGAGCUGUCGCGCGACUCUGCUUCUGGCAUGGGCGAUGGCUCUGGGAACGGGGUUCAUCAUAGCCAGGGAAUGGUCCUGGGUUCCUCAGGCGCUGGUGAGCUUGGCCGUCCUUCUUCCGAAGACCACGGUCAUCAACACAUGAUCCAAUUUACUCCGAGUCAACAAGUCGGCGUAGACCCAAACCACGAUUUGAGCUAUGGCGAGCAGAGCGCGCGCAAGCGCUCCAAGAUCUCUCGUGCCUGCGACGAGUGUCGGCGUAAGAAGGUCCGGUGUGAUGCGAGUUCGGAAAAUGGCCUUGAUACUUGUUCAAAUUGUCGACGUCUUGGUGCUGUUUGUCAAUUCAGUCGCGUGCCGAUGAAGCGCGGACCGAGCAAAGGCUACAUCAAAGAACUCGCUGAGCGCCUGCAUACUCUCGAGAGUCAGAUGCAACCCGGCAUCGGUCAACCCGAUGUGCAAUACCAAUCCAUGAACGAUCUGCCCCGAACCUACCAAGACUUCGAAUCGCCAGUAGAGUCCGGCUCUGCCACUCGCAAGCGAACGUUCUCGGUGUUUGAAGGCCUUCCAAGUUCAUCUUUCGCCCAGCCGACCUUCAACCCGCGCGGAUCGCAAAGUGCUUUCGAGCCCGAGUCGACAGCAGACCCAUACAAUGCUUCAGCGACCGCCGAUGGAGCCACGAAGCCCAGCAACCCCUUCUGGAACCCGAGUGGCAAUGAGCAGGACCUUCCAAGUGGUCUUGAGCUGGCCGAUUUGCCCCGUCAUGAAAGUGCCGAUGACAUGACACCCGUGAACCUCGACGAAGGUGCCCUUGACGCUUACUAUCAAAAGGUGCACCCUCUUCUGCCGAUUCUUCCGCACACCCGCCAGCGCACAUUGGAACUUCUUCAUCAAUGCAACCGCGAGGUCCAAGAGACCUUUUGCUACGCAUUGUACACUGUCACCCGCACCGACACUACUCGUCUUGCCGGCAAUUUUGAGAAGGUCACAUCAUUCGACAAUGCGCAGGAUCUUCUGCUGUAUUACACCAAGCAGCCGUUGAUUGUCCAUUCCACGGCAGUCAAUUUGAUCUGGCUUCAAACAUUACUGUUUAUGAUCAUAGACUGUGAUUCUCGCGGUCCGGACAACUUUGUCCUCAAGGACGGACUUCCUAAACACACGCUUGUCCAGGCUGCUAGUAAACUGGGCUAUGACUUGGCCAAGAGCCAGGGCCAGCUCAAGAGCAAGCGGGUCUCGGAUCCUGAUAUCGAUUCAGAUGCUAAUCUGACUCGCCGCAAUUGGGUCUCAUUGAUCAUUUUGAACCGGUGGUAUGCGAUCAGUGUGGCAGAUGCGACUGUCAUUGGGGGCGGCCAGGAGAUCGGAGGACGUGAAGAUGAGAGGGUUGUCGGACAGAUCACCACUGGAAUUGCCUCAUUCUCUACUUUCCUUUCAGAGCUUGUUACCCUGGCUACUGUCGAGCACAAUGUCUGUCAAACCAACACUGGACUCGGCCGGAUGGUCGGCGCCAACCUUGUUGCGUCUCUUGAACGUCUGGCCGAGAUGGAGGACAUUUUCAACGUCCAGGAGCUGCCAGAGCAUGCCCGAUCGCUCUUCGAGAGUCUCCAGUCCCAGCUCUACUGGACCGUGCGUCUUCUCAUCAAGCGCCAUGUUUUCGUCUAUAGCCCUUAUGAGAUUAUUUACUGCGCUCGCGAAGUGGUCAGCGAGCUCCACCGCGCAACCCUCCAGCAACGACUCGCAACACCCUUCGACCUGCACAGCCUAGCCCUCGCAUCCAUGACCCUCCUCGAAGCCACCGUCCUGCCCGAGCACGCGGAGGAGUGCUGGGAGUCUCUGGCCAAGGUCGAAGAAAUCCUCGACAGUCACGCCAAACUGGCAUCUGAGAGUUCCGAGUUCGGCUACAUCUUUGGCACCCCCGGCUGGGACAACAAGAUUCGAGUCUUCCUCGAAUGGCGCCGCGCCAAGUCCCAGGAGAGUGAGCUCCAGGGUGCCGUCAGCGGCGAGAAGCGGGCGGGCUCGAGUGUGCCUCCCUUAAUGGGUCCCAACGAGCAGCGCUCUCUGCAGCAUCUCGCUGAUUUGGCGGUUGCGGCCGAUGGCUCUGUCAACCAAAACCCCUCCACUCCCCCCAGCCUUGGCGUUGAGGGUGAUGCUGAGGACCCUAGCCUGGCGCCUCAGCUGUCUCAGCCACACGGGACUGGUCGUGUCGUGGUUGAUUUCACGAUGCUCACCAAGGAGGGAUAUCUGAAUGUCUUCUCUGGCUUAAUAUACCACCGUUCUCGCUGA